AUGACUCAUACAAUGAGUUGGCGAGCUUUGACGGCUAUCACUCUCACAGCCAUCACCGUCUCUGCCUAUCCCUUCCAAUCCUACAACCAUGUCUCUCGUUCAAAUAAAAAUGUCUACUGCCCUAUAUCCGAACUCUGCAUAUGGGGAAGCUGUACUGACACUACCAUCGGUCUUGAUCCCAAGAACUGUGGUACGUAUGGCAACUCAUGUGAGGCGGGAGAGAUCUGCGUCGCUGGUGAAUGCCAGCCACUAGAUAUCGGAACCCAGAAGUGCGACACUGCAUGUAAGCCUGGUCAGUGGUGCAAUGAUGGCAAGUGUGUUGCCAUUGAGAUUGCAGCCAACGCUCGACUCUGUGGCAAAGAUCAUAAAGACUGUGGCGCAGGAGCAAUUUGCAUCAAUGGACAAUGCCAAAUAAUCGACAUCGACCCCGAAUCUAAAUCCUGUGGACCCAAAAAGGUUGCUUGUGACGCCGGAACCUGGUGUCUUGAUGACUCUUGCAUCCCAUUCAUCCUCGGAACAUACCCUCAAUCCUGCGACAAGAAGACUCCUUGCCCACUUGGUUCAUCCUGCCAUCACGGACAAUGCCAACAAAUCUCCAUCUCUGCCGAUGUUUACAAGUGCGGUGAAUCUGCCAAGAGCUGUGCUGCUGGCCAACUCUGUGUUUCUGGAUCUUGCGAGUUUCUCUCGUUUACAGAAGAGAAAUACCAAACUGAAGCUUGUGGUAAAUCCCAUGGACCUUGUGAUCCUGGCUUCUUUUGUUGGGACAACGAGUGCUUGCCUAUCAGUAUCUCGACUGAUGAUUCUCACUGUGGCAAGAGCAGUAAGGGAUGUGGCGCGGAUGAGAUUUGCAUCUCCGGCAUCUGCACCAAGAACCUCUUCAGAGAGACCGAUACAUCCGUAAUCAUCUGCACUACCGACUCCUCAGGAUCGAGCGGCCGACCCCAAGGACCAUAUAGUUCUGGUGGCAAAACAUCAAACCAGGGAUCUAACGGCAAGGGCACCUCUGGCGGAUCCUACCAAAAUGGUGGCACUUCGGGUCGCCCUGGUGGUAAGCCAUACGGAAGUGGCUCAUCACAAGGAGGCUCUUAUAACCAGGGCGGGUACUAUAUGGAUGGCUCUGAAAAGCCCCAGCACGGCGAUGGUGGCGGUAACGGCAACGGCAACGGUUACUAUCCUGGAACAGGUUCUGGACGUCCAGGCUCCGGAUCUGGUAACAAGGGAGGCUCUAGCAAUUACGGUCCUGGUCGUCCAGGCCCAGGCAGCGAUGGCACAGGCUCUCCUGCUCCAGCUUGCGAUCCCGACUGUUCCUCCAAUGAGAUUUGCGUUGGAGGAGAAUGUCUUACCGUCUCCGAUCCUUUGUCUUGCGGUACCUCUUCCGGUCUAACCCGUCGCCAGAGCCGGGAGUGUCCACCAGGGUUUGCUUGUAUCAAUGAUCGUUGCGUCCCUGUCGAUAGUCCUAUUAACUGUGGUGGAUCAGAUUGUCCUUUCAACUAUGCUUGUAUAGACGACGCUUGCGUGGCCCUUGGAGAUCCCACCAACUGUGGUGGUGAGGUUUGCGCCAGUGAUGAGAUCUGCUUGGCUGAGACUUGCACGCCGAACCCGGAUCUGGCCAGCUGUAUUGGCAUUGUGUGCCCUACUGGACAGAGAUGUCUGGCAGGUGACUGUGUUCCAGCUGGCACUGGUGUCAACGGUAACCCUCAGGGUAAUGGUGGUCGACCCGGUGGUGGCAUCGGUGGAGACGGAGAUGGACCCGAUGCUCAGCCAACCCGAGACAGUGGCCGACCUGGUGACGGUGGUGGAGACCCUGACGAUCAACCAUCCCUAACCGUCACCGUUUCUGGAUCUGUCACAGUGAUUCCCAACCCUAAUGCCACAGACGGCGCUACGGGUUCCACGACUGCUAUCCAGAGCGAGCCUGAGGAUAAUGACCGUACUACGACCUUUGGUAUCAUCACUGAGGGCAGCACCACCAUCACAUUUCCCAUCAACCCUACCCAGACCGGCAUUGCCUGUUCUGUUGACAGCGACUGUGCUCGCGACACCGCGUUGUGCAUCGUUGCCGGAAUUAAUGUCUGCAUCUGCAAGGAUGCUGUUUGUGUUGUUGAUCCAGAUCUUACUCCAGGUGACCCAACUACCACCGGAGGCAAUGAACCAGCCACCACAGAUGAUUUCCCUGCCCCACCAACUGGAACUACGACCUGCACUACUGACGAGGACUGUCUCGCUGACAGCAACGCCUGCCUCUUCAACAACCAGAACAUCUGCCGCUGUAUCGAUGGUAUCUGCGUUCAGCAACCCAUUACCGGAGACCCACAGGGAAGGCCUACCUCUACCAACGACCCUGAACUAACUACUCUCGAUGGACCGGAUGGUGAGCCGACGGCCACUAUUACACUGACUGACGACGAUGGUUCUGACUUGACGACACUUGAUGGUCCCGAUGGUGAACCAACUGCGACUGUUACCCUCACUGGUGAUAAUGAGCCAACUGACGGUCCCGAGGUUACUACAAUCGACGGGCCAGAUGGAGAGCCAACUGCCACCGUGACAUUAACAGGCGGAGACGGCCCUGAAGUAACAACACUUGAUGGACCCGACGGAGAGCCAACUGCAACUGUUACGCUCACUGGAGAUGACCCUGAAUUGACGACACUCGAUGGACCAGCUGGCGAACCCACAGCAACGGUAACUCUCACAGCAACCGAGCCAGCGGCCACAGAGACUGAGUUCCCAUGCACAACAGAUGACGACUGUCUAGCUCAGCUUGGUCUUUGCACCACCGAUGGUCUCGUCAAUCUCUGUGUCUGUGUAGAUGCAGUCUGUGUUCUUCCUGAUCUAGUUACCGCGAGUACCACUGCUAUAGACGGUGGUGAGCCAACUGACGCCGCUACCACAACCGAUGGAGGAGUUGCACCUACACCCACGACUGCAUGCGUUACCGACGAUGACUGCGUUGCCAACGUAGAUCUCUGUGUCAUUGAACUAAUCAAUUUCUGUGUCUGUGUAGACGCAGUAUGUGUCAUCUCCGACCCUGCUGAUGCCACCACCACAACCGAUGGAGAAAUUGCACCUACACCCACGACUGCCUGCGAUACGGCUGAUGAUUGUGCUGCAAAUGCUGCUCUCUGUCUGGAUGGCCUUAUCAACAUCUGCAUUUGUAUUGACGCUGUCUGUGUUGCUACACCCAACGGCGACGCCACAACAAGCGGAGUGGUGCCUACAGAGACAGCUGCGCCUUCCUGUUCCUCAGCCGAUGACUGUGCCGUUAGCCUUGAUCUUUGUGUGGUCCUGGGAGUUAACCUUUGUAUAUGUGUCGAUGCCAUUUGUGUUCCUGGCAACGGUCCAGAUGAUGGAGAUGAUGGUUCUCCCUGCACGGACAAUGGCGACUGUACCACCGCAGGAUCUAUAUGUCUCGACAGUGGUAUUUGCGGGCCCGACCCUGAUGAUCCGGAUACAACCUCUUGUACAACAGCAGACGACUGCUUGACCAAUGUUGGUCUUUGUGUAGAUGGACUACUCAACCUCUGUGUCUGUGUGGAUGCCGUCUGUUUGUCUCUGGGCCCAGGUAACGGCGGCCAAGAUGGGUCUGCUUGUACUGAAAACGACGAUUGUACCACAGCCGGUUCAAUCUGUCUUGACAGUGGCGUUUGCGGACCUGAUCCCGACGAUCCCGAUACAACUUCUUGUAACACAGCUGCCGAUUGUACUGCCAACGCUGGUCUUUGCCUUGACGGUCUUAUAAACCUAUGUCUCUGCGUUGACGCUGUCUGCGUGGUUACUCCUGGAGGUGGUGGCAACGAUGGAGACCCUUGCACAGACAACGGUGACUGCACUACCACAGGCUCCGUAUGCUUGGAUAGUGGUGUCUGCGGACCUGACCCGGACAAUACUGGUACAGAUUGCAAUACAGCUGCUGAUUGCACUGCCAACGUUGGUCUUUGCCUUGAUGGUCUUCUCAACAUUUGUUUGUGUGUCAAUGCUGUCUGUGUUGCAGCACCCGGAGGAGGCGGUGGCGACGGGGAUGCUUGUACAGACAACGGUGACUGCACUACCACAGGCUCCGUAUGCUUGGAUAGUGGUGUCUGCGGACCCGACCCGAACGAUCCCGGUACAACGUCUUGCAAUACAGCUACUGACUGCACUGCUAACGCCGGCCUCUGUCUCAAUGGUCUUCUCAACAUUUGUCUGUGUGUCAAUGCUGUCUGUGUUGCAGCACCCGGAGGAGGCGGUGGCGACGGGGAUGCUUGUACAGACGACGGUGACUGCACUACCGUAGGCUCCGUGUGCUUGGAUAGUGGUGUCUGUGGACCCGACCCGAACGAUCCUGGUACAACGUCUUGCAAUACAGCUGAUGACUGUACUGCUAACGCGGGUUUGUGUCUUAGUGGUCUUAUCAAUAUCUGCCUUUGUAUCGCUGGACUUUGUGUUGAGCUAUCGGAAGGGCCAUGA